ACCGAUGGGGGCCGCGUGGCUUUGUGGGAGAUGUGUGUGGUUUCCCGCGUGAUUCUAUGGGAGGCCUGUGGCUUCCGGUGACUAGAUGGCUAAUCCGGUUUGCAGUGUCCGAUGUGCAACCGCUGCUCCGUAGUCCGUGCCAGCCCUUUUUGUUUUCUAUUUAUUUUAUUCCAUUUUAAUUUUUUUCUCCUUGUCCAUUUCUCCUUCUUUUUUCAUUUUUUCUCUUCUUUUCUUGCGUCUCGCUCUAUUUUCACCAUCCUACAAUUGGAUGGCGCAAACAAUAACCACAACCGAGUGCUGCGAAACGCCGCUAACAAUGCCAUAGCUAUUUCACGCCUUGGUCUAUUGACGGCCUCGGCACCUUCCAGGACGGCGGCCUAGUGGCCAACAACCCGUCCUCGAUCGCGCUGCAAGAGGUAGCCUCCCUUUUCCCUGAAGCGCCACACCCAAGCCUUCUGGCCUCGAUGGGCACUGGCUCCUCCUAGAGCUCGUCCGGCGGCGGGUGGUGGGACUGCUUCCUCUUCCGCCUGGCGCGAGCGUUCCGGAACCGCAACAAGAACGACUGGCAGCGGGUCGUCGCACAGAAGAAGGUGGGUCGAUCCGGUGAGUUCUUCCGCUUCGAUGUCGAGUUCGACGGC